AGGCCAAUGACCUGGUGAGCACUCUUAUGAAGUGCACUCCUCACUACAUCAGGUGCAUCAAACCCAACGAGACCAAGAAGCCCAAGGACUGGGAGGAGAGCCGGGUCAAGCACCAGGUGGAGUAUCUGGGGCUGAAGGAGAACAUCCGUGUGAGGCGUGCUGGCUACGCCUACAGGAGAAUCUUCCAGAAGUUUCUCAACAGGUAUGCGAUCCUCACCAAGGAGACGUGGCCUAGUUGGCGUGGCGACGAGAAGCAGGGUGUUCUCCACCUCCUGCGCACCGUCAACAUGGAGCAGGACCAGUACCAGCUGGGGAGGACCAAGGUCUUCAUCAAGGCCCCAGAGUCGCUCUUCCUGCUCGAGGAGAUGAGGGAGAGGAAGUUUGACGGCUAUGCCAGAGCCAUCCAGAAGGCGUGGCGCCAGUACGUGGCCCGCAAGAAAUAUGUGCAGAUGCGUGAGGAAGCAUCGGACCUGCUGGUGAACCGUAAGGAGCGUCGGAGACACAGUCUGAACCGUAACUUUGUGGGCGACUACCUGGGCAUGGACGACAGGCCCGAGCUCAGGCAGUUCUUAGCCAAGAGAGAGAAGGUGGAGUUCGCCGACAAGAUCACCAAAUAUGACCGGCGCUUCAAGGGCAUCAAGCGCGACCUGAUCCUCACGCCUAAGAGCGUGUAUCUGAUUGGCCGAGAGAAAGUCAAGCAGGGACCAGACAAGGGCCAGGUGACCGAGGUUCUCAAACGCAGAAUCGAGGUGGACAAGAUCUUAGCAGUGUCUCUGAGUACGCUACAGGAUGACUUCCUGAUCCUGCACGAGCAGGAGUAUGACAGCCUGGUGGAGUGUGUGUUCAAGACCGAGUUUGUGAGUGUGUUGUCACGCCGCUACGAGGAGAAGACCCAGAGGAAACUGCCCCUCAAGUUUGGCAACACGAUGGAGUUGAAGCUGAAGAAGGAGACGUGGGGGCCGUGGAGCGCGGGGGGGUCUCGCCAGGUGCAGUUCCUCCCCGGCCAGCAGGGGGACGAGGCCGUGCUCAAGCCCUCCAACAAGAUGCUGCAGGUCAGCAUUGGACCAGGACUGGCCAAGAACACACGACCCACCAAGAAGAACACCACCCAGAGUCGCCCCAGUGGCCAUCGAGGCCCCCACCACCACACCCCCACCAGGGUCGCCCCUGGCCCCCCCGUUGCCCAUCAGAAUGGUAGCGUGAAGAACAGCACUCACUCAGCCAAUCAGAGGAACUCCCAGCAUAGCAACCAGAGACCGCCCCCUAGCAACCAGGCCCGUCCGGUCCUGCCCACCCCUGGCGGUCCGAAGGAGAGAGGAAGCAGCAAGGCCCCGCCCAACCUAGACUGCCUCAGGGUGCCCGACCAGGGGGCCGCAGGAAGCCGACGGCCAUCCACAAAUGGAGGAAAUGCACACAGGCAGUCCACCCACAGGCCCCCCCCUGGCGCUGGCCGGCCCAAGCCCGCGCCCAAACCCAAGCCGCAGGUCCCUCAGUGCAAGGCCCUGUACGCCUACGACGCCCAAGACACCGACGAACUCAGCUUCAACGCCGACGACGCCAUCGACAUCAUCAAGGAAGAUGCUUCUGGAUGGUGGACUGGGAGACUGCGUGGAAAACAGGGCCUGUUUCCAAACAACUACGUCACCAAGAUCUAACACCAGCCAAUCACCAGCCUACCUCCACAUGAGGACCAAUCAGAGACCAGCACACACUUCCUGACAGGAAGAAGAUGCCACCACCCAUCAGAGCGAGAGAGAGAGAGAGAGAGAGAGAGAGAGAGAGAGAGGGGAUGAACGAGAUGAACGAGGACAAGAGACCAAGCCAGCUCUCCUUUGCUAUACACCCAUGAUGGACGCCUCUGCCUGUUGCCAAGGCAACCUAGAGGAAGUGCUGGCUCAUGACUUCCUGGUUGAGCAGACUCUUUCUCUCCAGGGCAACUGAUGACACAGACCCUGGGAGCACUGAACAAGAACAAACUAUUUAUUGUAUUUAUAGCUUUCUACAAACACACAUAUAUAUAUAUAUAUAUAUACUGUAUUUUGUUUUCACCAGACAACGUUUAAGGUGAGUUGAAUUUGAACAGGUGGAGUAUUUGGUUAUUGGGAAACCAGAUGAUUAUGAUAUUCUAUAUCUUAGUCUUUUUUUAGGAAAAAAGGUAAUGAAUUGUUGGCUUCCAAUGAAAAGUCCUGUGCUGUCAUCGUUUUAAAUGCCCUGGAUGUUUUGAUCUGUUAUAUUUGUUUUUAGCGGGAUUGUUUAGCUGCUAAACUGGACUUGAUGUCCUGCGUGUCUAAUAGGCCAGAGCCUGGUUUCUACCCGGCGUUUUUUCACACCUGAGGAAUUACAAUUGGCAUUGCAUUGGAUACAUUUCACUGCUGGUCA